AUGGCCCCCGCUGCUAUCUCUCCACCUUCGUCACCACGGCCAUCCGCCGCUUCCCCUUCAGACGUCGCUGCAUACCAAGGCUACCACCAUGUACACUGGUAUGUUGGAAACGCCAAACAGGCAGCUUCGUUCUACGUAUCGCGUAUGGGGUUCGAGCGUGUCGCAUACCGUGGUCUAGAGACUGGAUCAAGAACCACCGCCUCCCACGUCGUACGGAACGGCAACGUAACUUUCAUCCUCACGUCACCUUUGAGGUGUCUAGAGCAGGGCUCGAGAUUCAGCAAAGAGGAUGAGCAGCUGCUACGGGAAAUUCAUGAGCAUCAAGAGCGUCACGGUGAUGCCGUCAAAGAUGUCGCUUUUGAAGUCGACAACGUAGAUGCCAUAUACUCUGCCGCCGUCUCGUCAGGCGCAGUCACCAUCUCCGCACCACACGACAUCUCCGACACCUAUGGCUCAGUGCGCCUCGCCACCAUCCGCACAUACGGCGACACAACCCACACCCUCAUCCAGAAGAACAACUAUGGCGGCAUCUUCCUACCCGGCUACCGGCCCGAAUCCACAUCUGCGGACCCACUCCAAAAGUUCCUUCCCCAAGUCAAACUCGAAGCAAUCGACCACUGCGUCGGCAACCAAGACUGGGACGAGAUGGAAAACGCAUGCGAAUACUACGAAAAGGUGCUUGGUUUCCACCGCUUCUGGAGUGUCGACGACAAGGACAUUUGUACCGAGUACUCGGCGCUCAAGAGUAUCGUCAUGAGUUCGCCGAAUGAUGUGGUCAAGAUGCCAAUCAACGAGCCGGCCAAGGGCAAGAAGCAAAGCCAAAUCGAAGAAUACGUCGAUUUCUAUGGAGGUCCCGGUGUCCAGCAUAUUGCGUUACGAACUGACAACAUCGUCCGCGAUAUUACCAACCUGAAAGCUCGUGGCGUGGAAUUCAUCAAAGUGCCCGAGACAUACUACGACUCUAUGAAGCUGCGGCUCAAGAAAUCUGGACUCAAGCUCAACGAGGACUUUGAGGUACUCAAGAGUUUGGACAUUCUUAUUGACUUUGAUGAGGGAGGUUAUCUGCUGCAGCUCUUCACAAAGCAUUUGAUGGACCGACCGACGGUAUUUAUUGAGAUUAUCCAGAGGAACAACUUUGAUGGAUUUGGCGCGGGGAACUUCAAGAGUUUGUUUGAGGCGAUUGAAAGGGAACAGGAUGCUCGGGGAAACUUGGUUUGA